AUGCCACCAGCCGCAUUAUUCGAAGUUCAGACAAUCAAACCCAACAUGGCACCAACCAGACCCUCCCCUGACAGGAAAACCACCUGCAAAGACAUCCUCUCCGCAAUCUCCACCGGUAUUAAAAAGUCUACCGCUCACCCUCGUCGUCCCAAAGUCGACCUCGACAAGUGCUGUGGCGUAGCCGACGUCGGCACCGGCUCACCGUGUCCUAAACCUCUCCGAGACUGCCAAACACACUCCCGAGCUCAGAAGCGAGUUGUAGCUGGUCGCUCGUGCAGCUAUGACAUGACCAUUACUGCUCCGGCAUGGAAUGGAGGUCCUCGAAGUUACAAGUCUCCAGAGGACAAUGGAGAGGGAUCCAGCAAGGGGGCUACAAAGGCUGAAAAGAGGGGUGUUGAGAAGCACUUCUAUAUUGGAGAAAGUGUUCCACGAGUAGAGAUUCCGUGUUCAAAGCAAGGUGGAAAGGGAAAGGAUAAGGCCAACAGAGAAGAUUCAAAGGAGAAGGCUCCGAGUUCUGACGCUCCGGCACAACCGAAAGAAAAGAAGCCAGGUCCGAAGGCAUGGACGGCUCUGGAGAUUGAAGUUGCGAAGGUCAUUAGAGAGUAUGCAGGGCACAAGAUUUCUACGAUCGAGCACUUGGAGGUCGCUAGGAAGAUUAUCGAGAAAGUUCGGGGAAACGAGGGAGGAGUCACCGAAGAACGUCCAGUUGGUUUUUAUAGAGUUGUGGGCUGGGGUGCGUAA